AUGGGGCCACCGGGCAAUAGGGGGAUCAUGGGGCCCCUGUGUCCUUGCCCAAACUCCAAAAAGCUUAUGAAAAAGGUACCAGGGGCAUCUCAUGGGGCCCCCUACUGACCCCGGGCCCUUGGGCAGUGCCCAAGUUUCCAAAUGGUCAGUCCGCCCCUGGUGGGGCAAAAAAUUGCAGGACCCUUUUUUAGUCACCACCAGAAUCAGAUCGCACGGCUGUUCACGCCCAUGCGAUCUGAUUCUGCACAUCGCACUGCGUUUUGCAAACUGAUUUCGGGGUGUCGUGAACUUAAAAUACACACCCGCAGUGAAUAGUAUGAACGGGGUGCGAUUACAAUGCGCUGCGGCGAACGCACAGAAACCGGUGUGAAUUCCGCACCGCAU